AUGGACGCUAAAGUACCAAGAGUAGCUCUAGCCGGUGCCACCGGUAACGUCGGCACAGCCAUCCUCAAGCAUCUCGUCGCCGGCCAGUUCCGCGUGACAGUGAUAACCCGCAAGGACAGCGGCAUCGCGCGGGGUGAUUUCACGCCACCCAAGACGGGCGACGUGACGGUGCAGACGGUCGACUACUCGUCGGUGGCCGAGCUGACGGACGCGGUGCGCGAACACGACGCCGUCGUCGACGCCACGCGCGGCGGGCCCGAGAACGACACCCUGCGGCUCAUCGACGCCGCCGCCGCCGCGGGAGUGUACCGCUUCAUCCCGUCCGAGUACGGGCUCGACCCGCUCAACGAGAAAUGCCGCUCCCUGAUGUCGGCCGCCGUCGUGCCGCGGGCGGGCCAGCUGAAGCACCUCUGGGAUAGGUGCGCCGAGAGCGGCAUGACUUGGACGGCGGUUUCGUGCGGGCCGUUUCUGGACUGGGCGCUGCGCAACGGCUUCGCCAGGAUCGACAUCUUCAACCGCAAGGCGACGCUACUGGACGGCGGGGCCAACGUGACGGCGUGGACGACGCUCGACGAUGUCGGCAAGGCCGUCGCAGAGGUGCUGUUGCGGCCGCUCGAGACGGAGAACAGGCCUGUGUAUGUGCAUUCUGUGCAAAAGAGCUGCCACGAGAUGCUGACGCUGUGUCACGAUGCGUUUGGGACCACGAGGGAGGAUUGGGUCGUGGACAACGCCGACGCCCGGGCCGAGUUUGAAAGGGCCGAGGAGAAGGUCAAGGCGGGUGAGGUAGACGGGGAUGUGUUUCAGACCAUGAUGCUUUACAUGCUCAGCCAGCCCGAUAUGGCAUCCCCGUGGCCAAAGAGUGAUAAUGAGCUGCUGAGAAUCAAGGAGAUGACGGACGCAGAGGUCAUGGAGCUGAUUAGACAUUGCUUCAAGAAAGGGCCACUUUUGGAAUUCUGA